AGUAAUUAGUAUGUUUGUACUACCGUCAAUAUGUUCAUGCGUGAGGCAUUUCCUAGCUCAAUUAACCAGAAACAGCAUACUCUUGUGGACUACCAACUUGGACUACAACCGAUUCGGAGCCAGACGACUCAGAGCAGCUACAAUAUAUAUACUCAAAUAGACAGGCUUCGCCUCGCCUCUAUCUGUCUCUCGUACCACAGUCCACCAUGACUGCCCAUGCGCGCCAGGAUGACGAGGAGAGACCUCUUCUGCAACAGCCAGAGCAGCCGGUGACUAGGACUCGGACACCUUUGCCCUGGGAUCAAUUUUGGAUCAUACUGUUCUUGCAACUUUCCGAGCCUUUUGCUAUUCAGACCCUCGCGCCGUUCACUCCCCAACUUAUCAGAGACAUCGGAGUGACUCACGGAGACGAAUCCCGUGUUGGCCACUAUGUCGGUAUCCUGCAUUCAUCGUACCAUGCAGCUCAUGCUUUGACUAUUUUCCAUUGGAGUCAACUGUCUGAUAUCAUCGGGCGGAAGCCUGUCAUACUGACAGCUCUAUUCGCGAUUUCAGUUUCGAUGUUCUCAUUUGGGUUGUCCAAAGCCUUUCUCGGUCUGGUGGUCAGUCGUGUUAUCUGCGGAGCAUUGAAUGGGAGCAGUGGUGUCGUCAAGAGCAUGGUCAUGGACAUCACUGACGCAACCAAUAUGCCGAAAGCAUACGGUUAUAUGCCACUUCCGUGGACGAUUGGAACCAUAGUUGGACCACUCGUUGGGGGUUUUCUCUUCCGACCCGCAGACAGAUUCCCCGAUAUCUUUGGGCGAUCGGAACUCCUGAAAACCUACCCAUAUCUUUUGCCAUGCUCUGUUCCGGCAACAUUUGCAAUAUUAGCUUGGCUAGUCACGUAUCUAUGUCUCAAAGAGAGCAUUUCUACCAGGGCAUCACUUUGGGAGCUGGUCAAAGAAGGUUUCUCGCGACAGUUAUAUGCAAAGCCGGCUACGCCAUCGACAAAUGCUCUGGUCGGUUCUGGGGCAGCAAACUCUGAGGACUUCCCCUCAAAGCCGCUUCCACUGCGCGCCUUGCUAACCCCGAAAGUUUUGACCGUAACAGCAAGUUAUACCACCAUGACCCUCUUUCAUAUAGCAUUUGGCUCAAUCCUACCUGUUUUCUACGCGACACCGAUUGAACUCGGCGGUCUUUCCCUUGACCCUCCCCGCAUUGGCACUAUACUUGCGACAUCAGCUGUUGCCCAUGGCACAUUCCAGAUACUUUUCUACGCUCGCCUACAUGAUCGCUUCGGCGCAGGACCCAUUCAUAUCGCUGGCGUUUGCUCCGGUAUACCUAUCGUCCUCUUAUUCCCUGUGAUUAAUGCGCUGGCUCGAGCCCAUGGCCUGAGUUUGGCGGUGUGGCUGUGUGUUGGCGUUCAACUUGCCCUGAUGACUAGCCUGAUGAUGUGCUAUCCCUCCUUGGCUUUGUUUAUUAGAGCAGCUGCUCCUAAUCGUGCUUCGCUUGGCGCAACUAAUGGAAUCGUCCAGAUGAUCGUCGCAGGAGCAAGGAUCAUUGGCCCAGCAUCUGCAGCUUCGGUCUUCUCGUAUUCGGCGCGGGAAGGUCAUGAUGCGUGGUUUAUAUACUACUUCUUGAUGGCAAUCGCAUUUCUCGCUGUAGGUACUUCUCUAUUGCUUCCCCGUGAUCCUAGUGUAUGGGAAGAUCGUCAAUAGUAUCACCGCGAGCGACCUGCGGGUUAUCUGUUUUCAGCCAUGUCAAACAGAUACCAGUUUUGCGUCCUUGUAGUCUUCGAGCUUUUCUGACGCGUUAUAAAUUCAGGUAAGGUAGC